AUGAAAAUCAAGUCAAUUUUGAUAUUAAGUAUUCUUCUUUUAUCCUCUGAAUUUGUUGCUUCUAACUCGUCUGGAGGAGAUGAAAGUGGAAGUAUUGCCGAUCCGAACCUUUUGAAGCGGCAAAGAUCCUCCUCUAGGGGUUCUAAUUGGUUCCGAGAUGGUGGCGGCA